UAACGUUCUCUGACUACUUCAUUGUUGGCCUACCGUGGUACAAAGACUCUCAAGUAGACCUGUAUGUGUCGACCUUUAAUCUCGAGCCCUUCCAAGUUGAUAUCACAGUGCUGAAGUAUGAAUCUCAAGAGUUGGGAACUAAAAAAAUUCAUUCCAAUAUAUCGGUCGCCAAGUUUGAGUUAGCCGUAUAUACGGUUGAAGUAAAAAAACGAUUAACAGGACAUAUUCGGCACCCGUGCUCGGUCGUCUUCAAAAGCCAGCAGACGUCACACGUGUUCAGCUUAACCGCUGUGUUCAUUGACCAGACGACGGGGUCCUGGAUCGAUUCCAUCCUGGCCACACCCGUGUCCAUGUUCCACCGACGUUUCUAUAUGCCAGGAUUUCCUAAAACAGAGUUUCAAAUUUAUAUCGUGAGCGCCAGUGAUCAAAAUUACGUGGAAGUGAGGAUAGGACGGACAACUUCUGAUACUUUUUUAAACAGUGGAAGAGCUGCAUAUUUUUCCUUCUGUGAAAUAGCUGAUGUAUAUAACCGCUUCGGUGCUUUUAUGCAUGCUGAUGAACCUGUUGGUGUUAUGAUUACCUCAUGCCACCAAGAAACUAUGUUUGAUUGCGACAACAAGGAACUCGGGUUUGUAGCCUCGACCAUUUUGCCGCCAAUAUUGGAUUGCGAGUUCAUCGUAUUCAGUAGACUUAACCCUCUACUUGACCCCCAACACGACGCCCAUGAUGAACUGAGGAUCAUGAAUUCGGAUUCCUAUUUUGUGAUUAUCACCAUCAAUGACGAGACCGAACUGUUCUUAGAUGGACCUUAUUACAUGCUAACGCUAAAAAUACAGAACGAUAGGCCGUUGCACCUCCAUGCCAAUCUUCCAGUUGUAUGCUACUAUGUUAGCAAAAGUAAGGACUGUACCUGGGGAAUGUCAUCAAGCCUGGUCCUACCUAAUGAGUUAUUCAUCUUCAGCUACGCUAUCAGUGUUCCUUUUCCUUACAAUUCCUCACGGUCGGCUGGUACAGCAUUUCUCAUCUUCGUUGUUACGGACGAUCAAUUUCCCAUGAUAUUAAUGGAUGAAAUUUACCUAAUGGAUUUUGAUACAACCGUCACCAAGGUAGAUGGGACAAAAAAGUACCAAGUGAGAUACCUGCAAAUCUCUAAUGGACUCCAUUACUCCUAUUCUGAAGACGUCUCUAACUACGGCCUCUACCUGUUUGGUAGGAAAGACUUCGGCACUUACUUCCAUCCUGCUGGAUUCUAUGACACGUCACGAGAAGAUCGUCCUGAGGAUGUUGAAUACGGCCCAAUGUUUCCUGGAGACUUGGUCGAUAAUGAUGAAGAUGGUUCCGUUGAUGAAGAAUUGUUGGAUAAGGACGUUGAUCAUGACAAUCAAAACUCUGAAGACCUCCGUAGAGAAACAGCAGUACACGGAAGAUGGGGACAGUGGAAUACUUGGGCUUGCCAGGAUAUGUGUAGCUUGAGCUACUUUGAAAGAAGGAGAACCUGCUCUCGGCCUUCACCUCUGUUUGAAGGAAGCCAAUGCCAAGGUCAUGACCUUGAGGUAAAAGACACAGUUUGCGGUGGACAACAAUGUGACACAGUUCUGUGCCCUGAUGGCUACUAUGGGAUAAACUGCGAACUUCAAUGUCAAAAUUGUGGAGGGGAUUGUAAUAAGCGGGAUGGAUCUUGUCAGUUUUGUAAACCUGGGUGGAUAGGUUUAUACUGUCAUGUAGCAUGUCCGCCAAUGACAUAUGGUUUUGAAUGUCAACAUUCUUGCAGUCAAAAAUGUAACGGCAAAGACUGCAUUGACAGGGUGUACGGGUAUUGCCACCAAGCCGUGGAUGUCAAGUCAAUAAUGAUCACCUACUAUGUUGUGAUUUUUGUAGUACUGUGUGGAUUUCUUUACCUCAUCUUCUAUAACAAAAAGAAAAAUGACGAGCCUCUGGAAAUAAUAACAGUCAAACGUGUGUCUUCUAAAGAGUUCGUUCUUAACACACGAAAAUUUAAUUAG